AUGCUCCCCGACCUCGCGCUCGCCGCCGCCAUCGCCGUUGGGCCGCGCAUGCGCUCUACACGCGACUCUCAAGCCUGGGAGACCGGGGGAACCAUGGUCGGCACGAUGGCGAGGACGUGGCGCGGACAAGCGAGGCCACCGUUUGCAAUGCAGAACGAGGCUGGGGAUGGAUAUUGCUGCAGCAUCCCCUGCUCCUCUGACGUCGGGGACAAGGUAGUUUCCUACGACCCCGAACCGCCGGAGGCACGCGUACGCACCCCUCGAGCGAGAGAAGCAAACGUGAAGGCCACCCCCACCCUCGCACCUCAUUCGCUCAGGCUCAGUGGCAAUUCGCGCCAGAAUAUGGGCGUGACUCGAUAUUCUUGUCGAUUCUGGACCGCCGGAGGCGCGCGCGCGGGGUUCCUAGGCGAAAUAAGCGAAGACGGUGAUACCCUCACCCAUCUGACGGCCUUCGUGCGGGGCCAGGGAUGGGUGCCUCGCGCUCAUUUGUCCAGGAGGGGCUUGAGUUUAGUAAUUUUCGUUGAGCCCGAACCGCCGGAGGCAUGUGCUGCGUCGCCGAUGGCGCCUGAUUUGGCGUUUUUUGCAGACCCCAGACCGCAGGAGGCAUGUGUGCGCACCCUCGGUGAACGACGCGAGAGGGGUGGGGUACCCCUACCCCUCGCUCGGGCCUGGAGAGAGAGAGGUGCUGUGCCCCCAUGGAUACAUAUUCUGGCGGCUUUUGUGGACCCCAGACUGCCGAAGGCAUGCGCGCGCACCCUUGGUGAAGGAUGCGGGAGGGGUGGGGCACCCCUUACCUCCUCAUGGCGAGCUCAGAAAGGCCAUGGGGCACCCCAAUCGUCGAGGGAAGCUCUUUGCUCUUCCCACGACGAGUGUUAA